AUGCCAAACGAAUUCGGCUCUCGUUUCAGAGGCCCCCGUACGAUAAACGGGUGGCAACUCGCCGCGGGACAAGGCACGGUGACCAGCUACAACGUGUACCAGUGCAAGAUAUGCGGCAAGAGCUACAUCUGGAAAUCCUCGUAUCAUCGUCACGUGCGGGAAGAGUGCGGCGGUAACCGGCAGCUGGCCACCUGCAAGAACUGCGGAAGACAGUACCGAUGGCGGGACUCCCUGAUCAAGCAUUUGAAGUAUGAAUGCGGGGUGGAGCCGAGGUACACGUGCUCCAUGUGCGGCAGGAAGUUCCGGCACAAGCAGGUGCUGACGUCUCACUUCAAGAGGGUUCACAAAUAA